AUGGGGCGGGGGAGGGUUGAGGUGAGGAGAAUAGAGAACAAGAUCAAUAGGCAGGUGACCUUCUCCAAGAGGAAGGUCGGGUUGCUGAAGAAGGCCGAGCUGCUGCGACGGAUCUCCCUCAUCAUCUUGUCCAGCCGCGGCAAGCUCUUCGACUUCUCCACCGCCUCCAGAGGAUGUGAUGUGCUUAUUUUAGAUACUGGAUUGGGAAGUGCAGAGAAUCAAGCAAGGGUCAAGGAGUUGCUUCAUGUGGAGGAAUCAAAACUAGAGGAGGACGAGGGUAAGUGUUUUUACUCAUAA